UUCUCUCCACCGGCAUCAUUCAUCUUCCUCUGUAGGUCUCCUAUUCUCUCUCCAUCUUUCUCUUUCUCUCAGAUCUGCGACUCAGCUCAAACUCCCACUCCGACUCUCUCUCUCUCUGUCUGUUUUCCUAGGCAAAUGAUCUUUGCCGUCUGCUUCAUUCCCUUCGCCCUGCAGCCAUGAGUCCUGCUCCGCCGCAGCGCCGCCGUCACUUCACCUGCCACCGCCACCCCACCAAGGCCGUCACCGGGUUCUGCGCCGCCUGCCUCCGCGAGCGCCUCGCCGGGAUCGACCCCGACACCCACCAGGAAACCCCCAUUACCCACCUCGCCCUCGAGCUCCGCCGCUCCAAAUCCUUCUCCAGCAGCUCCAACCCCAAUGCCUCCUCCUCCACCACUUCCACCUCCGCCACCACCAACACCACAAUCUCCGAGCCCCGCCGCCGCUCAUGCGAGGUCCGGCCCCGGAACAGCCUCUCUGAGCUAUUCCACCACGACGACGACGGUCCAACCAUCGAAUCGUACGCCAAGGCCAAAGCGAAGGCCAAGGCCGUCGUCUCCGAGCUGGAGAUGCUACGAGGAGAUGAGGAUGGGGACGGGGAAAUUAGGGUUUUCGGCGGGGAUGAGAUCGUGCCGCCGGAUGUGGAGUACGACUUCGAGGAGGAAGACGGGGAGCUGAAGACGAUGAAGGAGUUCAUAGAUCUCGAGUGGGACAAGAAGAAGGUUACUAACUCCGGGAAGAGCUUCUGGGAAGCGGCUUCUGUUUUCAGCAAGAAAUUGGGGAAAUGGCAGCUGAAGCAGAGGAAGAAGAAGGAUGAAAAGAAGCCCACCAGUGAGGAUGGCCCGGCGCCGGAUAAUGACAAGGGCAUACUGAAGAAAUUAAAGGACACGCUGACGGAAGUUGGGGAAUACGCCGGCCGGAGGAGAUCUUGCGAUGCCGAUCCCAGACACUCACUCGACCCAGGGAGAUUGUCGAUCGAAGAAUCUCGCCGGUCGUUCGACGAACCUCGAGCUUCCUGGGACGGGUACUUGAUUGGCAGAGCAUAUCCAGGGUUUACACCAUUGGUCUCCGUCGUAGAAGACGAUGUGAAGUUGGCUGUUGAUGAUAAAACCAGUGUCGAAAAUCCGACGGAGCCGAGUGGGGAUUUGAAGAAGGAAGAUGGAAGCAUCAGCCCCGGAGGAACUGCUCAGACGGUGAGCUAUUACUCCGAUCCUCAUCGCCGGAGAAGGAGCUUUGACCGGUCCGGGUCGGUCAAGAUGCCAGGUUUGGAAUUAGGAGACGAUGAGUUGAAAUCCAUAUCCAAUGCAAAGGUAUCCCCUGAAACCGUUGAUCUGUUCCAUCACGGAGCUAAAUUACUGGUGACUGAGAAAGAAUUGAGGGAUUCGAAUUGGUACUCUGUUAGAGAUUGCAAUGUAGUAGGCAACCCUGGUUCUACUCCCAAAGAUGUUGUUCAGCCUGGCGGUGGUGGUGGUGGAGAUAUCAAGAAGGGAUCAAAGUUCAAGAAGUUGCCUAAAUGGCGAAACGUGUUGAGUAUGUUCGGCGGGAAUCACAAAAGCAGCAAGCCUGCAGAUGUAGAAAGCAGCAGCAGCAAUGGUAGUGGGAAAUUAGUGGUCGAUGGUUUGAUAGUUGCAGGGCCACUGGAGAAGAUGGCGAACCAGCAGAAGCUUACCGCGGGAAGCUGUAUGGUUAGUGCGAGGAAUUCGUGUGACGGUAGCAGCAUGGGCGCAAUGCAGAGGCGAGACCAGCUGAUGCUGUCCAGGAACAAGAGUGCUAGGUAUUCUCCGAGUCCAAACAGUAAUGUGGAUAACGGGCUAAUGAGAUUCUACUUGACACCGCUGCGAAAUGACAUUAGUCGGAGCAAAUCAGGGAAGAGUAGGUUGAAGAACCCCUUGUCCAUGGGCAGGAAUGUAUUGUAAAAAGGUGAAAAACGAAGCUGCUUGUUGCUCAACUCAAUCUAGUAUUAUUGGUAGUCUUUGUUUUUAUACGUGAAGAAAGCAAAUCCAAAGUUUGUUACUUUGCUCGCUAACUGGACUCAGAUGACUGAAUGAAUGCCAAACAUGUUUUUCACUUCUUUCUGGGGUUUUCUUGCCCCUUGUUUUCACAACGGUGUAGUAGUUCUUGUCAGUGUGGUGUUGGGCUAUUUCAGUAAGGAAUGGGAUGAAGCAGCUACUUGGUAGUGUUACUGUUAGCAGGUAAAAUGAACAGUUCCCACAGGG